AUGAUCACUUCCUGCCGCAAGAGAAACACCACGGAGGACCGCACCACAUUCAGCCAGUCCAUCCUGGACACUCCUGUAUGCCAGGAUGCUUUCGGGGAUGGACGCUUCUUGAAACAAACUCGUGAGUACCGGAAGAAUCAAGGAUCCACGGAGAAACAGCAGGCGGUGGUCGAGUUCUUGACGGAAAUGCAUGCCACUGUGGCUGAGUACAUGCCCGAGGCAACCCGUGCCCGGGACACUGCCAGCCCGGUUCCCAAGACGACUGAGUCUCAGAAUCAGAAUGGCAAUGAUGCUGUGCCAAUUGGUCUGCGUUUUCGAAAAAGGACAGGCAAGCGUCCUCGGAAAUCCGUGUCUAUGAAUUUUGGCAAGGACACGACAGCAUUGAAAAUGCUGCCACCUGGCACCUUCUCACCAUACUUGGCUCUGCUCAACGCCCGCAGAGAAGGCAAAGACAAGAUCAGCCUGAAGAUGUUCAACGAAGUUUGGGCCGAGUCCUUUGGCACCCGGCUGGCCAUCCGACCUGUCAGCCGACACGCGCUUUGCUCUGUGUGUCUACGGCACAAGCUCAUCAUUCGAAAAUGUGGUGCAGACGAGGUGGCGAGGGACAUCCAAUGCCGUCAGUACGAGCAGCACUUGAAACUUCAGUACAAGGACCGUACUUGCUACUGGGAAACGAGGGGCCUCGCCAGGCUGAGAUCCUUGCAAGGCAAUGGACUGUAUCCAUUGAGCCUCAUAAUGGACGGUGCAGACCACAGCAAGUUCGCCUGCCCAAGAUCAGGAGUCUUCGCCGGAAAAGACUUCUCCUCUUUGCACCGACCGACCAUGGACCUGGUUGGAUGUCUGCUGCACGGGCAGUCCGCCUGCCUGGCAUUGAGCCACCCGCGCCUGGCGAAGGAUUCGUCCUACUCGACGGAGCUCCUCUAUCACAUGCUCCACCGCGUUUCCAACCGCGUGGAUCUUCGUCAAGCUGAGCUCUUCCUUCAAGCUGAUAACACGACUCGCGAAGUGAAGAAUAAUACUCUUCUGAGGGCAAUCAGCUUGCUUGUCGCAUGCCAUCGGCUGGCACGGGGGCAGCUCAGCUGCCUUAUGUCUGGUCACAGUCACGAGGACAUCGACCAGCUGUUCGCAUCAAUGAACACAUUCAUCGAGCGGCACAGCGACAUCCCCACGCCGUCAGCCUUCAAGGAAGUCUUGGGGGAGUCUUUUUGGCCGCAGCAAGACGAGCCAGUUCUGGAGAGUAGGCCGAGAGGUUCGGAGCCUCGCUCUUGUCUCGGCCGAAAUCCGUGGAUUGAUUCUGACACGCGCAGCCUUAGCCAGCAAUUGGAAAGUAGGCUGAGAGGUUCAGAGCCUCGCUCUUUGUCUCAGCCGAAAUCUGUUUAA